AUGUCGGCAAGUACAUCCAGAGAGCGUCUUCGUCCCAUUCUGACACCCAUGGAGGCCAUUCAUAUCUUCGAUAUAGCAAGUGACUCUUGGUACAAUCAGACAGCCAGCGGUGACAUUUCUCAGCCCAGACGUGGGUUCUGUGCUGGGGUAGCGUGGGCAGCGGAUUACUCCUCUUACAACAUGUCAGAGACACUACAGCGUGGACGUGCAAACUGGUACCCAGAUCCGCAAAUCCAGACAUUUCCGAACGGAAAGGCAUGGGCGACUUGUAACGUUGUGAACAACCGAACUCAAAUUCUCAUUACCGGUGGGUACUCGACUAAUAAGAGCCGGGUAUCCUGCGAUGAUUCAAUCAAAGGCGGUCAGUAUGGUGUCAAUCUAGGACAGAGGAUGUUCGAGAAAGGCACCAAAGACGCAUGGCAAGAUCUAAGGAGCAACUACUCAGAGUAUAGAGUGCCGAAUAACAUUGCUGCAGUUGUUGGAGGCGGCACCGCGGGAGGCGCGAUCAGAACGUCACUGGCUGCUGGCUGGGACCACAGUUCUCUUUCGGCAUUAUUCACCACGACCUACUCUGUUGCAGUCAGAAUGCCAACUAGAUCCGUACCUACGACGCCAACUCCGACUCCAAGCUCUUCUAAUCUGACCCCUGCCAAAUCUGCAUCAGAUGAUCCAAGUCCCGGAGCAAUUGCCGGUAUCAUCGUGGGAGUCUUUGCUGGGGCAGUCAUCCUAGGCGUCGUCAUCGCUUUUCUGCUCAAGAAUAAGCGAGCAGAACUUGAAGCUGAAAACCAAGCUACGACACCCGAGCUAGAGGAUCAGGACGAAAUAUUGGCAAAGCGGAAGUGGUUUCUCAAGGGCCGUUGGAGGAGCGAGGCCGAAGCAUAG